AAAAAAAGAUUUAUUAAAAUGGAAACACCAAGGGCUUUGGCAAUCCUUGUUCUUAGACUUUUCACUAUGUUGUUGUGCGCAGCUUCAGUGCCAAUCAUGAUUACCAACAGCUUCCAACUUAGUGGAGGCGAAAAAACCAAAUACAGUGACGUUAAGGGCUACAGGUACGUGGUAGCAGCGGGAUUAAUUGGAUUUGUGUACUCAUUGAUUCAACUACCAUUUGCAUUGUAUUAUGCCGUGACAGGGAAAAGGGUUUUUCAUGGCAAGUUCCUUGGCCGCUUGGAUUUUUACGUAGACAAGGUGCUAAGUUUUUUCCUAGCAAGUGGAGUUGGUGUUGGUUUUGGUGUUAGUUCUGAACUCAAACGUUACGUAAAUGGAUUUGUAGACACAAUUGAAACAACUGGGAUCGAUACAUUCGAAGAGUUAAGGACGAAGAGUCUAAUAUUCUUUGAUAAGGGUCAUUUAGCAACUACUCCACUUCUUGCUGGAUUUGUUACUAUGGCUGUGCUCACCAUUAUUACUUCUUUCAGUCGCAAAUGAAGAUCGAUCUACACUUUUUUGGAGCAACAACUAUUAAGUGUAGCAAAAUAAACCUUGAGUAUUGUUGUUUAAUUCGCGUGUGAUCGUCGUUUAAAUAAUUUGUGUGUGUUGAGUUUGAAGAUGCAAUAAUAAUAAUAUGUGUACGUACUUUGUUUCAAUGAAUAUCAAGAGAUGGAAAUGUACUAGUACUGUUGCUAUUAGCUAUA